UAGGUAUUUGCUUGCAUAAGAUCAAAAUGGCACGCUUUCCUAUUGAGGAAAUAUUUUCUCUUUGCAUAUUGGUCGUGUUUUUAUUAUUUGAGACAUGUCAUGCUCAUCUUUGUCUAAUAAGCCCUACACAAAGAGGUUCUCUUGCAGGAAUUAACAAAGAAGGUAAUGAUAACUGCUUCCAAAUUAAAGGGCCAUGUGGAAAACUCCCACAGAGUAAAGAUGGUGUUAUUGUGAGGCCAGGGCAAACAUUGAGUGUUACAUUUCAGAAGAAUUUGGACCAUUUUCUGAGUUCUUCGCCUGGUAACUUUACUGUGGCCUUUGGUCGUGCCACCACAUUUCAGAUACUGACUACUGUACCAGACAAGGGGGAGAAAUCACUGACUCUCUACACAGCUUUGGUGAAAAUUCCGCUUGUGAAAGGAAGCUAUGCUAUUCAGGUGAUAUAUAACACCAAUAACCCUAAAGCUCCAGCACAAUUUUUCCAGUGUGCAGACAUUAUGGUGGAGAAUUUGUGAAAGUGUGAACAUACACAUACAGAUGGAGAAUAUUCAUUCCUUCAGUAGUCUGUUUUUCUGCCUAGAUCUGUUAAAUAGAAUUGUACUUCAUAGACUUGGAAACAUUUAAAUACUGACUCUUCCUUGUGUGAACACUUCACGAUUAUAUUAAUUAAUAGUGAGUUAUUAUUUGUAAUACAAACUUUGUAAUUAUUAGUUGUCUUUGCACCUCAGAGAGAGAUGGUGAGAGAUUCA